AAGUCUAAUUGCUAUAUUCCAAUUGUGAGAAGCAUGAUCCUGUGGGAGAGAGGCACACCUCAUACAAGCCCUAACUCUCAUUAUGAAAAGAGAGCCCUGCCCUGUGCCAGGUUUCUUACCCACAUGAAGGAUUUUUCUGCAUCACGUAGAUCGGAUCAAUCACAUCUUCUAUCAUUUCCAGGGUCAGUUGGGACUCAUAGUUCAAUGUCAGAUGAAAGAGAACUUUACAAUUGUGAGCACACAAUCCCAAGCUCUCCGGCCAGCACAAUCUCUUUGGACGAAUACAUUUAUGGAGAAGACAGCCCUACCCCGUCACUAUCCAGUGAAAUGAAUGAAGAUGUUUUUUUCUUUACUGUCAAAAAAUGGAUGCAGAAGCGACCUAGAGGACCACCCAAGCAGGCCUGGACCAGCCCAUUUUUUGAAAAGCAAGCAGAAAAUAAACUUAAAAGAUCACACUCAGUGAAUACCACCAUUUCUUUGGAAGCUGAAGGUAGACACAUACCACUUCAGAACCAUCCCUUGAGAAACUCCAAGGGAAAUUCUGGUCCUGCGUUGAGACCUUUCACCGCCAUUGGCCUCUGCAGAAGUAUCAGCCAGAGCUCCUCUUCCCAGCAGGUCAGCUGUAAGACUUCCUCUGAGUCUGUGCAUCAGGCAGCCUCAAGAUCCUCGGCAGCCUCAAGAUCCUCGGCAGCCUCAAGAUCCUCGACAAACACAGAUUCCCUAAGCAUAUGUGGAAAUGCAUUAGGAAGAGGCUCUGUUGCCAUAAAAAUAACACCAGCGAUGACCCCCAAGCAUCCUCAUCCCCCCACUGAACACAGGUCAAAGUCAGCUGGCGCCUUCCGUGUCUGUGCUGCCAAGGAGCCCCUGCCUCUGAUUGUGGGCUGUGCUACCCAUUUAUUUACCAGGAAGUUAAAGAAGGCUUGCUCCUCAGCAGCCCCGCGCCCACCCGGGCGGUUCCAUACGGCUUGUUCACAGACUCCUUCGAGGCAAGUGGUGAAUGCUCACUUACACUGA